CCAUGCGGCAUCCUCUUGAGGGAGAUUGACAUUGAGUGGAGCUUGCCCUUGCCAGACACGACAGAGAAUACGGAAGCUGAGAAAGACGGCGACGAAGACGACGACGACGACGCCGACGACAACAACAACAAAGAAGGAGAAGAAGAACAAGAACAAGAACAAGCAGCACCAGCACAAGGGUAUCCACGGCAAACUGAUCAGUCUCACACGUGAGAGUCGCACAAUCACACGCGCGACGACAAGAGGGGCCUCGAGGGACGACAACCAACAAGAUGAGGGCGAGUGGAGGACGCCAUCGUAGUGGAAUUGACAUCCCGUCGACGACUUGUGCUACACCUUCGUGUGCCACGUUACACCACGUUCAAUAAUUGCUAGGCCACCAGCAGAAACAGAGGAGCGGCAGUGUCGCUGGAUGCGUGCAUCAUUCACACCAUAAAACCUAUACCACACCCGUCUGCACUGGUUUGUAGCGGCAUCAUGCCCUCCCACAUGGUCGAGGACCAGCAGCGAGCAUGGCAACCAGAGCACACUCUGUCUGUGGCCGAAGCUCUCCAGGAAGCCAUGGAUGAUGGAGCUGCCUAUGACCGCCCGGAACAGCCUCGAACCAUGGGAUCCUUCAGCCCGCGCGAUAUGCCUGCCCCCGAGCCACAUCUGCCACUGCGCAAAUCGUCCGCUGCAAACCGCAUGCAGGCGAGGAAAGGGCCUAUUCCGAAGCCCAUCUUUGCGCCCACCCACCACCACCAGGUGCAAGGGUUUGGUCCCAGCCCCGUGCAGCCUGUGCCGUGUAUCGAUCAAGUGCAAGCCAGCUCAGUACACGCCUUCUCCAAAGAGCAGCGGGUUCCAUACAGACCUGCAAUGGCUGUGCUGGAGAGCCAGCAGCAAGUCCUGCCAUAUACCAAAGACCUGCCACAACUCCCGCCUGAUGCUGCUCAAAUACGAUAUCGCUCGCCCUCGAGCCCUGUGCAAUCACUGAGCACAGAUCAUGCCGACUCUCCGGCCUCGUCCUCGAUCCGAAAGAGGGCCAAGAGUCUGAAACACACCAAAGUCGCCGGCGAUGGGCUGCGGAACAUCAGGAACAGAAUAUCAGGCAGGGCCCGAGCAGGACAGUCCCACAGUUCUCCAGGUAUUCUGACGCCAGAUACUCAUUCCAGUAGUAAAGCAAGUCCUGCUGUGCCGGACAACGAAGUGCGAGAUUCUUUUCGUUCUGCACUGACGAGCCAUUCCAGCUUCGGCAAUGCCAGCAGUGUUCUCACCACGCAGACCACGCAUACGAGCUUGAGCUCCACCACUGACAAUGACUUUGUGAGGAUCAGGACGACGGACUAUGAUGAAGGUGGCCUGACAGACCUGGACAUGAGCGUUGACGAUGUUCUGGGCAUGUAUGAGGAUGGUUUUGAGUCUGGUACUGGAAGCCUACGACCUUCACCCCGUCCCAGCAUGCAGAGUGCUACUAGGCCAAGCCUGGACGCGAGACCUGGCUCAGCGCGCCCUGCUCAGGUAGCAGCAAGGACCAGCGCUGACAGACGAUCCGUCAAGUCCCUCGACAGACCACAUUCACAACCGAGAGCGUCCACUCUGGCACCAGAACGUCCGAAUGCUGCACAUCGUCGCUCACACAGUGCAAGCAUCUUGAUCGUGGGUGUGAAGCGGGCUUCUCUUCGUGGUAUCAGCCCAGCCCUACCGCUUGCGGCUGCUCAGCCUGGUAUAGAAGAAAGCUCAGCAGAACAGAUUGUCCCUGCGCAGAGCCUCGGCUCGCGACCUCCAACAGUCGAGCCAGAUGUUCCUCCCCGCGACAGGUAUGGAUUUAAGAAAGUCUCGCACUAUGUCACCGCGAGGAUGUACGAUGACUGGAACAAGGACUAUAGUCAAUAUCUGGAACGGAGGAGAAAGAAAUGGUAUGCCAUGAUGCAUCAAUACGGUUACGAGACGGAACCUGCAAUACGAUUCCCGCAGAAGAGCGAGAAGGUUAAGCGCUAUGUACGCAAAGGUAUCCCGCCCGAAUUUCGAGGUGCAGCAUGGUGGUAUUAUGCACGUGGUCCGCGAGAGUUGGCCAAGAACCCAUUUAUCUAUAGAGAGCUCACAGACCGGGUGGACAAUGGCGCUUUAACUGACAACGACCGAGAGCAUAUUGAGCGCGACCUGCACAGAACAUUUCCCGAUAACGUGCGCUUCAAACCAGACCCCACGACUAUGCAUGACGCACAGGCUGGUGCUGGCGGCGGUACGACUACGAAAGAGGGCAGCAAUCUGAAGGACGAAACAUUGGCGACAUCAGCCGACACCUCUGAGACCGGCUCUCCGGAGAGUGCGGCCAAGAAGAAGAACAAGAAGCGCCAUACCGACGAGCCCGAGACACCCAUCUUGCAGUCCUUGCGCCGAGUGCUCCAAGCCUUUGCCGUCCACCGACCAGAAGUUGGUUACUGCCAGUCUCUCAAUUUCAUCGCAGGCCUCCUGCUCCUCUUCCUCAGCAAAGAUGACUCCGAUCUUGAAGAAGCCGAAACAAAAGCUUUCAUCCUCCUCAACAUCGUCACAACUCAGCAUCUGCCCAGCACUCAUGGCGUUUCCCUGGAAGGCGCAAACAUCGACAUUGGAGUGCUCAUGUCGUGCAUUCGAGAUUCCCUUCCGGCAAUUUGGAACAAACUCGACGAUCAAAAAGAGCUGAACGCCAUCGGAGCUGCCGCAACCAUGGCAGGUGGAGUCGGCGGUCUCCGUCUUCCCACAGUAAGUCUUGCUACGACUGCUUGGUUCAUGUCGCUCUUUGUCGGCACGUUACCGAUUGAGUCUGUCCUGCGCGUUUGGGACUGUCUCUUUCUCGAUGGAUCGAAGACACUCUUCCGAAUCGCAUUAGCGAUCUUCAAGCAUAGCGAGGAUCAAAUCCUGAGAGUGUCUGAUCCCAUGGAGAUCUUUCAGGUGGUACAGAGUGAACCUAGAAAGAUGUUGGACAUCAACACUUUGAUGGACUGCUGUUAUAAGAGACGAGCGGGCUUUGCGAGUAUUAGUCAAGAUAUCGUGGAGCGGAGGAGAAGAGAGCGGAGACAGAUUAUGCAGGAAGGGAUGAUGAAGCAGGGCUUGGCGGCAAAGAGCGAUGAUAUGGUGCGAAGGAUGAGGACGAGAUUACGGACGAGAGGUGGAAUGAGAGUGGCAAGCUGAAAUGUUUGAAAUCAAUCCCUUAUGUUGUCGUUUGAAAUUGCCAGAAGAAAAGCGAGGCGUCGUAGCGUUUCUGUCAGUCUUUUGUCGUGGUCGGGUCGCAUCACCCAGAUCCAGGUGUGUGGCAUUCUCUUUGGUAUUAUGAGGACAGAGGCAUUUUUUUUAUCAUCUAUAUAUUAUACACAUGGGAGGUCAUGGAGACCAGAG